UUCUCAAUCCCUCUUGUUGGCUACUGCGUGAAAGUUUUUGACCCGGAGGCUUGUAGUGCACAAGGACAACCCAUCCGUACUAUGUCCUGUUCGUGGUGGAGUAAUGAGGAAGUGAUGGAGUCAGUGUUUUGAGUGGUCUAUACAUUGCAUCUAUUUUCUUUUGUUGUUGUUGUUCGAGCAAGAAUCGAAAAUAAAAAGCAAUAAUGCAAUUUGAAAUGAAUGAAAAAAUACUAUUAAAUUUCUUCAUGGUGUACUCUACUCUACUCUGCUAUUACUUUUAGCACAACUCUGUAAGAGAGAGAAAAACAGAAACCAUGUUAGACCAUGUUGGCGCUCCACCAACCAAAGACUGAGACAUUAUGACUCGAAAAAGUCAGAUAAAAGUAGACAUGAUUCAUGGGAGCGUUUUUCAGAUCUUAAAAAUGACUUCAAAUGACUUUGUACACUGUAUCGUCUAUUUCUUUAUUUGUUGUGUUCAGGCAAAUACAAAUAGUGGUGACCUCUUCCAGUAAACUGACCUCCCCUCCACCCUCCACUCCCCUUAUUUGAUUCCAAAGGUCCGUGAAGACACACUGUUUAAGAGUUGCUCAUUAAAAAAUACAAUAUAUUUUAUCCUCUCACCUAAACACAAUUCAAACCGGAUGAGUCUGACUGCCGCUAUGAAAUAUUUGGCUCUGGCUUUUCUGCUUUGUGCUUUGGCACCACUGUCCAAUGGAGCCUGCCACCACAAGGUCAUGAAACCUGACAUGACCCAUUGUCAGGACGAUGUGGAUGAGACGUGGCAUGCUGUCGGAUCUUCAUGGAGAAACAGUCGAUGCAUGGACUGUACUUGCAGUCGGUGUUGCACUGGGUUCUCAAUCCCCGUGGGAUUCCCUGACUACUGCGUGAAAGUUUUUGACCCGGAGGCUUGUGAAUACAUAGUGCACAAGAAGGACGACCCAUCCGUACUAUGUCCUGUUCGUGGUGGAAAAGGAAAGUGAUAAAGUCCUUGUUCUGAGUGGUUUUAAGGUGUGAAUUCAUUUUUUCCCUCUCUUCUGUUGUUAUUGAACUGGAGAGAGAGCGAGAGGCAUGCAGAUGUGAUCCCUCACUGGCUUCUCACCAGGGAACACUGUUUUGACUGUAACACACGACCAAACAGGAAGCAAAGCUGCCGGAAAUUUAAAAUAAAAUACCGCGACACAUGACAUUUCAAAUGAAUGAAUGAAUAAAUCAGUUUAGUAAUAUUUGCAUAGAAGAGGCACAGGAGAAAACAGCAGCUUCCAUGAAGUAUGGCAGUGUGAGAAUUUCCGUCAUUAUUACCUGGUUCCCUAUAAAACUCAGCCAUGCUCUCUUCUAAAGUCAUUUUUUGAUCUGUCCAGUCACAAUCUCUACUGGCUAAGAACUUCUAACUAUCAUUCCUCAACUUGCUCAGAAAGGACUCGAGCUGAGACAUUUAGCACGCCACUAGCUAGGACUUAUUGGAAAUGUUGGAAUUUGUUAAAGGCAGCUAAAACACAUAAAUAUUAAAUAAACAAUAUUAGAUGGUUUUCCCCCCAAAAAUCCCUUCCUCAUCUAAACACACAAAGCUGUCCACAUACAGAAACAGAAGUUCCAGUUUCUCCCAUGGAUAGGAGAAAUGAUUCUGGUUACCAAGAAUGUUCAAUGAUGGCUCAACCCAAAAUAAAAAAUAGUUUUUCUUCCUCUGUAGUGGUAUCUAUCAGUCUAGAUUGUUUGGUGUGACUUGCUGAGUGUUGGAGAUAUCGGCUGUAGAGAUGUCUGCCUUCUGUUGAAUGUAAUGGAACUAGAUGGCACUUAGCUUGUGGUGCUCAGAGCGCCAAACAAAAUACAUUUGAAAAACUCAACAGCAAUGUCUCUUUACAGAAAUCAUGACCUGGUUAUUCAAGAUAAUCCAUUGAGCUUUUUAGGAACUAUUUUCUUUCUACCAAACUAUCCCCACUAAUUGUUUCACUACGCUGAAGGAGGCGUGCAUCUGCUCAUGGAUGAGAUGCUCAUGCUCUUGACAGUGUUAGAUGAAAACACUGAUGCCAUCUUCCUCGGCUGAGCUGUAACAUUGGCUCAGUAGUGCUAGGUGAGCUAGCAGUAGAUGCACACUGUUGGCGGGCAAGCAACUGUGUCAGCUUCCAUCCUGCUGGUCUUGAUCAAAGUGUCAGCAGUCUUCAAACAGCCAGCCAUGACCCGGGUGGACAAAAACCUGCUGAAGAAUCAUCAUAAGCAAAACUGAGACCCAUCUCCUCCAGUUUCCUGGCAGUGACAUUUACAGGAAAGCUCAAGCCAAAUGUGAGACCAGAGGUUUAAAUUACAGUACUAUACGCUAAUAUAUUAAUUAAAAUACUGCAUCUGAAGAACAUUUUUAUAGUGAAUUUCUAUUAUCGUUAUAAUCAUGAAUGUUGUGUCCAGCAGCACUAUAGACUGCUGGGCAACCAACAAUAAAAGAGAACCUGCAAAAAACAGGCUGCAUACACACCAACCUCAUAAAAGACAAAAAAUCUCA